AUGGCGACUAGUAAAGAUCUGCAGAGCCCCAUGUGGGAGUUUUUUGAAAAGAACGGAGAAGGAAAUAAAGUAAAAUGCAGCAUUUGUCAGACAGAGCUGGCUUACAACGGGAGUACCUGGUCCAUGGUCAACCACAUCAGACUAAAACACCCGAGUGAGAAGUUACGGACAACAGGACAACAACAGACAAUGCUAGCUUUCGCGAGGUGCUGUGACAAGGCGUGGGGCGAAAAGAUAACCAACUUCAUAGUCGAAAUGGUUGCCCUCGACAUGCAGCCCUUGUCCAUCGUCGAAGAUGUGGGGUUUAAGAGGCUAGUGGAGUACCUUGAGCCAGGUUACUCUAUACCCUCUAGGAAGACCAUCACCACCAGGGUGGGAAAGAUGUACCAGGAUUGUGGAUCUAAAACCAAGCACCAGCUACUGCACACGCCUCAUGUAGAGCUAACGACCGACUGCUGGACCUCCCUGAACACGAUGUCGUAUAUGACUGUGACCUGUCAUUUUAUCGAUGAGGCAUGGGAAAUGCAGUUGUGUGUACUAGCCACACAGAACAUGGAAGAGAGCCACACGGCAGACUACAUCGAGAAGGAGCUAAACACCAUUGUGGUGGAGUGGAUGCUCGAGAGUGCCCGGGUAAGCGCGUGCAUCCACGAUAACGCAGCCAAUAUGAUCAAGGCCAAUCAGGCAUGUGACUGGGAGUCCGUGAGCUGCGGUGCACAUACCAUUGAGCUGGCCAUAAACGACGGGUUCAAAGCUGUCCCGUGCCUGGAGAGAAUCGUCGGAGCAUGCAGUAAGCUGGUUGCUCACUUCCAUCACAGCACCAAAGCGAUGCUUGCUCUCCGUGUGAAGCAGGAGCAGAUGGCCCCCCCACAUCAUACAGUUACACAGUGCUCCAAGACCCGAUGGAAUUCGGUAUAUCUCAUGUUUGCACGGCUGCUCAAGCAAAGGUGGGCGGUCACCGCUGUGCUCUCAGACCGGUCUGCCACCAAAGCAGGGGAUGCUCGCAACCUGGAGCUGAGGGAUGACUACUGGAGAAUCAUGGAGGAGAUGGAGCCAGUCCUUAAGUUGUUGGAUAUGGCCACCACCAUGAUCUGCGGUGAGGAGGCCGUGUCACUUUCAGUGGUCUACCCGAUGGUGUGCGGCCUGAUGAAUGACCACCUGCAGCCAACGGAUGGUGAUCGCACGGUCACGACUUUUGUCAACACUGUGCGAGAAUCGCUGGCUACCAGGUUCCUCCCGUGGGACAUUGAAACUGCAUCUAAGCCUGCUAUUGUGGCUGCAGUCCUCAAUCCCCGAUACAAGAAGCUGAGGUUUCUGUCAAGCAACGUGAAAGCUGCGGCAAAAACCCACAUGGAGGCUAUUUUUGAAGAAGAGAGGGAAAAGACAGGAGCUGAACCCGAUUCACCUGAACAAGAAGACGGAGAACCAAAUGCAAAGAAACCAAGUGACAUGCCCUUUCUCUUGGGCGCGUCCUACACGGAAGAGGAGAGCACUGAAUCAGAAUUGGAGAGGUGCUUUUCCCUACCGGCCAGUAACCUUGAUGUAAACCCCCUUGCAUGGUGGAAGGCCCACGAAGGAGAAUACCCAAUCAUGUCAAAUCUAGCCAGAAGGUUUCUCUGCAUACCAGCCACAUCGUUGCUCUCAGAGAGAGUCUUCUCCGCGGCAGGCCGACUUGUGACAAGACUACGGUCCAGGCUUCUACCAGAGAACGUCAGCAUGCUCAUAUUUCUAAACCAAAACCUUCCCAGGUAA